AUGGCUGGGGGCUCAUGCUUUUGGCUGACGGUUCUCUUAUUCAGCUCCGCCCCGGCUGCUCAGAUGUUCCAGUUCACCCUCAUGUUGGACAUGGCCGAAGUCCUGCUGGACAAUUACUGCUUCCCGGAAAACUUGGUCGGGAUGAAAGAAGCCAUCAGGCAGGCCAACCAGAGCGAGGAGAUCCUGCACGUGGCCGACCCCCAGACCCUGGCCGCGGUGUUGACCGCCGGGGUUCAGGGGGCUCUGAAUGACCCUCGGCUGCUGGUCUCAUACGAGCCAGGGGGGUCUCCCACUGAGACGGUGGAUGUUCCUCUCCCAAGCCCCGAGAUGCUGAUGGACCUGGUCCAGCACUCCAUCAAAUUCGAAAUCUUGCAGAACAACGUGGGUUACUUAAGAAUUGACCACAUCUUCGAGGAGGGGGUGGUCAAAGUGGUUGGCCCGGCUCUAGUGGACAAAAUUUGGAAGUACAUAGUUGGCACGGACGCUUUGAUCCUCGACCUGCGGUACAGUGACAGUGGCAAGGUCUCUGGGAUCCCCUUUGUCAUCUCCUACUUCUGCGACGCUGACCACAAAAUUCACAUCGACUCCAUUUACCACCGCCCGUCCAAUUCCACCCAGGAGGUCUGGACCCUGCCCAGGCUGCUGGGCGAGAGGUACGGCAAGGGCAAAGACGUGCUGGUCCUCAUCAGCAGGAACACCCGGGGGGUGGCGGAAGACGUGGCCUACAUCCUGAAGCACCUGGACCGGGGGCUUUUAGUGGGGGAGCGGACGGCGGGAGGCUCGCUCAACAUCCAGAAGUUCCGCAUUGGCUCCAGCGGUUUCUUCAUCACGGUGCCCCUCUCGAGGUCCAUCAGCCCCAUCACUGGACAGAGCUGGGAGGUGAACGGCGUCUUCCCAGCGGUGCUGGUCAAGGCGGACCAGGCACUGGAGAAAGCCACCUCCAUCCUGGCCGUGAGGAAGGCGGUGCCCGGUGUGAUCCGGAGGGUCACCGAGCUGCUGGGGACCUACUACUCCUUCGUGGACCACGUCCCCGCCUUGGCCCGCCAGGUCUCCAAAGUCGCCUACUCGGCCGUGGUUUCGGAGCAGGACCUGGCGGCGAAGCUGAACUAUGAGCUCCAGGCCGUCUGCGAGGACCCGCGGCUGACCAUCAGGGUCCGGUCGGAGCCCCACGUCACCCCCGCCCACGGCCCCGCCGAACCGCCGGGCGACCCGGGUUCCCUCCAGCACCGGUACCGGGUGGCGAUCCUGCCGGGCAACAUCGGCUACUUCCGAUUCGACCGCUUCCCCGACGACUCAGCCCUGCCGGGGCUGACCCCUUCCCUGGCCGGCCAGGUGUGGGAGCCCAUAAAGGGCACCGACCACUUGAUCAUCGACCUCCGCUUCAACACGGGCGGGAGCUCGGCCGCCGUCUCGCUGCUGCUCUCCCACUUCCAGGAGCAGGCGCCGGAGGUCCUCUUCUUCACGGUCUACAACAGGCUGACCAACGCCAGCACCGAGUUCUCCACCCUCCCCGACCCCGGGGGGGUCUCGUACGGCUCCCAGAGGGGCAUCUACGUACUGACCAGCCACCGCACCGCCACCGCCGCCGAGGAGUUCGCCUACUUGAUGCAGUCCCUCAGCAGGGCCACGGUGGUCGGGGAGAUCACGUCGGGCACCCUCCUCCACUCCAGGUCCUUCCCCAUCGACAGCACCAACCUGCUUCUCACCAUCCCCUUCAUCAACUUCUUAGACAACAAUGGAGAGUACUGGCUGGGCGGCGGGGUGGUCCCCGAUGCCAUAGUGUUGGCCGAGGAGGCGCUGGAGAAGGCGAAGGACAUUAUAGUCUUCCAUGCUGAAGUCUUCAAGCUGGUGGAGGACACGGGGAGUCUUUUAAAGGUCCACUACGCCAUCCCAGAGGUGGCUACCAGCGUCAGCGCGGUGCUCAGCACCAAGUGGCUGGAAGGCUCCUAUCGCUCGGCCGUGGACUACGAGUCCCUGGCCUCCCAGUUGACCUCAGACCUGAAGGAGAUCUCAGGCGACCACCGACUUCACGUUUUCUACAGCGACGCCGAACCCGAUGUGCCGGAGGACCAGCCGGUGAAAAUCCCUUCGCCCGAGGAGCUCAGCUACAUCAUUCACGCCCUCUUCAAAGUGGAGGUGCUGCCGCGCAACGUGGGCUACCUGCGCUUCGACAUGAUGACCGACGCUGAGAUCAUCAAGGUCAUUGGCCCGCAGCUGCUGGAGCAAGUGUGGAACAAGCUGGUCAACACCGACACCUUAAUUAUUGACAUGAGGUACAACAUCGGUGGCUAUUCGACUGCCAUUCCCAUCUUGUGCUCUUAUUUCUUCGGCUCGGAGCCUGUCCGCCACCUGUACACAGUGUUUGACCGCUCCACUCUGUCAAGGUCGGACAUAUGGACAAUGCCCCGGGUACUGGGUCAGAGGUAUGCCUCUCAUAAGGACAUCUACAUCCUAACCAGUCAUAUUACGGGUUCUGCGGCAGAGGCGUUCACAAGGGCGAUGAGGGAACUGAACAGGGCAACAGUGGUCGGGGAGCCGACCAUAGGAGGGGCCUUGUCCGUGGGCACUUACAGGAUAGCAAACAGCAACCUCUACGUGUCCAUUCCGAACCAGGUUGUCUUCAGCGCGGUCACUGGGAAGGUAUGGAGUGUUUCCGGAGCCGAGCCGGACGUCACGGUUCAAGCCAACGAAGCCCUGGAUGUUGCACUUGGCAUCAUCGAGCUACGAGCCAAAGUGCCGUGGAUUGUCCGAACAGCCGGGAAGCUGGUCGCCGAUAACUACGCUUUCGCCGAAACCGGUGCGGGGGUGGCCGGGCAGAUCGCCGAGCUGGUCAACCAGGGGAAGUACAGCAUCAUUAACUCUGAGGUUGAGCUGGCUCAGGAAUUGUCAGAGGACCUGCAGAAACUGUCGGGCGAUAAACAUCUCAAAGUAGCGCACAUCCCCGAAAACUCAAAGGAUCACAUACCCGGUGUGGUUCCGAUGCCGAUUCCACCCCCUGAGAUGUUUGAGGACCUAAUCAAAUUUUCUUUCCAAACGAAAGUGUUUGAGAAUGCCAUCGGCUACCUCCGAUUUGACAUGUUUGGUGACCUUGAACUCAUUACCCAAGUUUCAGAUCUAAUGGUGCAACAUGUCUGGAAUAAAAUUGCAAACACCACUGCGCUGAUUGUGGAUCUUAGGUACAACAUUGGGGGGCCUACCUCUUCCAUCCCAGCCCUCUGUUCUUAUUUCUUUGACGACGGGAACCCGGUGCUCCUAGAUACUAUUUACAGCAGAUCUACUGACACGACCUCGGAACUAUGGACCAUUCCACGGGUAGCAGGAGAGCGAUAUGGCUCGAAAAGAGAAUUAAUUCUCCUCACGAGCAACUUCACUUCGGGGGCAGCGGAAGAAUUCGUCUUCGUCAUGAAGAGACUGGGGAGGGCCCUGGUUGUCGGCGAGCUGACGAGUGGAGGCUGUCACCCUCCGCAAACCUAUCAUGUGGACGACACCAGCCUGUACCUGACCAUCCCGACCGUCAGGUCUUCCAGCCCGGAGGGAGUCUCCUGGGAGGGGACAGGAGUCGCACCCCACCUCGAGGUACCUGCUGGAACAGCGCUCGAGAAGGCGAAGGAAAUUUUGAGAAGUCACUUAAGAAUCGAACGUGGGCCAGGUAUGGAUUCUCAUAUUUCAGUUCCUGGUCACAGUCCACGCACCUGA